UUUCAUGUUUCCUGUUACUGGUGGAAUAAGACCUCCUCAAGCAGGCCUGAUGCCGAUGCAGCAACAAGGAUUUCCUAUGGUCUCUGUCAUGCAGCCUAAUAUGCAAGGCAUGAUGGGAAUGAAUUACAGCUCUCAAAUGUCCCAAGCACCUAUUGCUAUGCAGGCAGGGAUACCAAUGGGACCAAUGCCAGCAGCGGGGAUGUCUUACCUGGGACAAGCACCGUUCCUGGGCAUGCGUCCUCCAGGCCCACAGUAUGCUCCAGACAUACAGAAGCAAUUUGCUGAAGAGCAGCAAAAACGAUUUGAGCAACAGCAAAAACUCUUAGAAGAAGAAAGAAAAAGACGCCAGUUUGAAGAGCAGAAGCAAAAACUCAGACUUCUGAGUAGUGUGAAACCCAAGACAGGAGAGAAGAGUAGAGAUGAUGCUUUGGAAGCCAUAAAAGGAAACUUAGAUGGGUUUUCCAGAGACGCUAAGAUGCACCCUACUCCAGCAUCACACCCCAAGAAACCAGAUUGUCCCACAUCAUCUCAUUCUACUAAAACUGUCUCCCCAUCACCUGCCUUUCUUGACGAAGAAGAAUUCAGUGACUUUAUGCAGGGGCCUGUUGAAGUUCCCACAUGUGGGCCUUCUUCCAUGUCCCAGCCCUUUCAGUCUUUACAUCCCACCACCCCACUUGGCCAGUUGCAUAUACAGAAGGCUGGGGCCCAGCCUCUCCCUCCAGGUCAGAUUCCAGUGUCUUUUGCCUUACAUGGUGUCCCUGGGCAAAUUCCUUAUUCCUCUACUGCUUCAGCCUCACACAGUGUACAAAAAGCAGGCCCUUCCUUGGAUGAGAAGCUCCUAGUAUCUUGUGAUAUAAAUACAUCUGGGCAGGAACAAAUUAACUUAAAUACUUCUGAAGUUGGGCGCAAAGCUCUAGGCCCAGGUUCCAGUAAGAACUAUCCCAGUUUAACGGCCAAUAACGGGGUUGCGGUAGAUGGAUGUGUAAGUGGUACCACCACUGCAGAGGCAGAAAAGACUUCAGACCAAAACCUGUCCAUUGAAGAGAGUGGCAUGGGGGUAUUUCCCUCGCAGGAUCCCGUGCAGCCCAGAAUGCCUCCUUGGAUUUAUAAUGAGAGUUUGGUUCCAGAUGCCUAUAAGAAAAUUUUAGAGACCACCAUGACUCCAACUGGAAUAGAUACUGCUAAACUUUAUCCCAUUCUGAUGUCAUCUGGACUUCCCAGGGAAACUCUUGGACAGAUAUGGGCCUUAGCUAAUCGAACUACCCCUGGCAAACUUACUAAAGAAGAACUCUAUACUGUUCUCGCCAUGAUAGCAGUAACACAGAGAGGCGUUCCUGCUAUGAGUCCAGAUACUUUAAACCAAUUCCCUGCAGCUCCUAUUCCAACUUUAAGUGGCUUUCCUAUGACUCUGCCCACUCCAGUGAGUCAGCCAACUGUGAUACCUUCAGGCCCUGCAGCUUCCAUGCCCCUCAACCUCGGACAGCCAGUCAUGGGCAUUAACCUCGUUGGACCAGUGGGUGGUGCUGCAGCCCAGUCUUCCAGUGGCUUCAUGCCAACUUACCCUGCAAAUCAGGUGGGAAAGCCCGAAGAAGAUGACUUCCAAGAUUUUCAGGAUGCUACUAAGUCAGGAUCCCUUGAUGACUCAUUCACUGAUUUCCAGGAGUUGCCUGCUUCUUCAAAAACAAAUCCCCAGCAUGGAAACAGUGCCCCUUCUUUGUUGAUGCCUCUUCCUGGAACUAAAGCAUUGUCUUCAGUGGAUAAAUAUGCUGUAUUUAAAGGAAUUGCAGCAGACAAAUCUUCUGAAAAUAAUGUCCCAUUUGGAGAGCCUGGUGAUAAAUACAGUGCUUUCAGAGAACUUGAACAGACUACAGCAGAAAGUAAAUCUUUAGGAGAAAGCUUUGCAGAAUUCAGAUCUGCAGGAACUGAUGAUGGUUUCACCGAUUUUAAAACAGCCGAUAGCGUAUCACCAGUAGAGCCACCAACAAAAGACAAAACUUUUCAAGCAUCCUUCCCCUCAGGACCUAUACAACAGAAACAACAAACACAAGUGAAAACUCCUCUGAACUUAGCAGAUUUAGAUAUGUUUUCCUCAGUUAAUAGCAGUGAAAAACAGUUGUCUUUUUCAACCACAUUUAGUGCAUCAAAAUCAGUUUCCUCACGACCACAGCCAACAGCUUCUACUCCAACUGUGACUGCAUUGGCAUCCACUAAGACUUCUAGUUUGGCUGAUGAUUUUGGAGAAUUCAACCUUUUUGGAGAAUAUUCUAGCCCAGCACCUGCUGGGGAACAGGAUGACUUUGCAGAUUUUAUGGCUUUUGGUAACAGCUCUAUUUCAUCUGAGCAAAAAGCAGAUGACAAAUAUGAUGCCCUAAAAGAGGAAACUAAUCCUCUUCCUCUGACCAGCAACUUGGGCAGCACAGUGAAGAGUGGACAGAACCCAGCUGCUGUGUCUACAAAGUAUGAUGUCUUCAAACAACUUUCCCUGGAAGGAUCUGGACUCGGUGUUGAAGACCUGAAAGAUAGCACUGCUUCAGGAAAAAAUGACGAUGAUUUUGCUGACUUUCACUCUAAUAAAUUUUCUUCCAUAAACUCAGACAAAUCCCUGGGAGAGAAGGCGGUGGCUUUCAGACAUACCAAGGAAGACUCUGCUUCCGUGAAGUCCUUGGAUCUCCCUUCCAUUGGUGGCAGCAGUGUUGGCAAGGAGGACUCUGAAGAUGCACUCUCUGUUCAGUUUGACAUGAAAUUGGCUGAUGUGGGAGGAGAUCUUAAGCAUGUCAUGUCUGAUAGCUCUUUGGAUUUACCGACAGUUAGUGGCCAGCAUCCGCCUGCUGCAGCCUCCUCAGCUGCCUCAGUUCUUCAAAAGAAAGAGACUUCAUUUGGCAGUUUGGAAAACAUCACCAUGACUUCUUUCUCCAAAGUAACCACCUUUGCCAGUGAAGAUCCUCUCCCAGAGACCGCCUUCCCAGCUUUUGCCAGUUUUAAAGAUGCAGUUCCUCAGACCAGUGAGCAAAAAGAAUAUGAAAGUGGGGACUAUAAAGAUUUCACAAGGGACCUGCCAACAGCUGAGCGAAGCCAGGAGGCCACGUGUCCAAGCCCAGCUUCCAGUAGUGCCUCUCACGAGACCCCCAAUGAAUGUUCAGAUGACUUUGGAGAGUUUCAAAGUGAAAAGCCCAAAAUCAGCAAAUUUGACUUUUUAGUGGCCACUUCACAAAGCAAAAUGAAAUCAAGCGAAGAAAUGAUCAAAAGCGAGCUGGCAACCUUUGACCUUUCUGUUCAGGGAUCACACAAGAGGAGUUUGAGCCUUGGUGAUAAAGAAAUAAGCCGUUCCUCUCCUUCUCCGGCCUUGGAGCAGCCUUUCAGGGAUCGUUCCAACACUCUGAGUGAAAAGCCCGCUCUCCCCGUCAUCCGGGAUAAGUACAAAGAUCUGACAGGAGAGGUGGAGGAGAAUGAGAGAUACGCAUACGAAUGGCAGAGGUGCCUGAGGAGUGCCCUGGAAGUGAUUAAGAAGGCAAAUGAUACCUUAAAUGGAAUCAGUAGUAGUUCUGUUUGCACAGAAGUAAUUCAGUCAGCUCAAGGCAUGGAAUAUUUAUUAGGUGUUGUUGAAGUGUACAGGGUAACCAAGCGUGUGGAGCUGGGGAUCAAAGCCACUGCUGUAUGCAGUGAGAAACUCCAGCAGUUGCUGAAGGACAUCGAUAAAGUAUGGAAUAACCUAAUUGGCUUCAUGUCACUCGCCACACUCACACCAGAUGAAAAUUCGCUGGAUUUUUCUUCCUGCAUGUUACGGCCUGGGAUUAAAAAUGCCCAGGAACUUGCCUGUGGGGUGUGCCUCUUAAAUGUGGACUCCAGGAGUCGGAGAGAAGAGAAGCCUGCAGAAGAACAUCCUAAAAAAGCAUUCAACUCAGAGACAGACAGUUUCAAGCUCGCAUAUGGAGGGCACCAGUACCAUGCCAGCUGUGCCAACUUCUGGAUCAACUGUGUGGAACCAAAACCUCCUGGCCUCGUCCUGCCUGAUUUGCUCUGAAAAGCUCCUCUGUGAAGAACCAACCACCCCAUGAGGUGCCAGGGACCAAUAAACAGUGCAAGUACUGCAGAGUUCACCCCCAUGAAUGUGUACGCAGGGUUCUCCAAGAGGUAGGGAAGGGGCGAUGUUGCGGAAUCCAGUCCUUGCCGUGGGAUAGCCUCUGGGCCUUCAUCCCCAUUGCCAGUCUGUGGGAUUGUGGGCCAAACUGCCCUCCCCAAAUGCAUGUGGCACCAGAAGUUGUCUCACUUAGCCCUAGCUCUCUUAAGAUAUUUUAAAAUAUGGACCACAAUUUUCUCUAUGUAAGGAAUAAUUUGCUGCUGCAAUAUUGAAACUGUGAAGAAUUGACAUUUGAAGAAAAAUAAAUUAUUAGGGGUAGGACUGCAAUUGGCAAGAUUGUUUCAAGCUUAUUUAUAUCUUAUUCAUGCUUAUUUAUAUCUAGAAUACUUACUGUCCUGUGAAGUAGAAUGCAUUUAUCCACGUUUGAUUCGUUAAAAUCUGAAGUGAAUAAAAGUGGGUCAUUGUGAUUGAACUGAUGCUCUUUUUACCAAAACAGAAAAAUCUGCUGUCUUGCCUGGACAGUGGCAGGAAGGUGAGGGCAGAUUUUACCAACCUCGCUGUCACAGCUGAACGAGUUCUCUACGCUUUCCUUCAUUUCUAAACAGCCAGCUAGCAAGAAUUCUCCCUAAAACAUGGCUGGGCACUUUGAAGUGGAGGAAAUGUUCAUUUUGACAGAGACCCAAAUCCUGCAUAUCAGGAUAUCCUUCCACUUAGGAGCCUUCGUUGAAAACCUGUGCUGGCUUACAAAGACUGAAGAUGGUACUUUUUUCAGACCACAAGUUUGGAAAGACAGCAGAAUGAAAUCUCUUUGCAGUGACCUCUCUAGAUUUCCAAA